CUCCUCGUCCAACGUUUACAGGUCAAAGGUCACUACUCAACCCAUUCUGCAGCGUUCUCCUUACGUUAGCCGACAAUGGCUAAACAUCACCCAGAUUUGAUCUUUUGCAGGAAACAAGCCGGUGUUGCUAUCGGGAGACUUUGCGAGAAAUGUGAUGGAAAAUGUGUCAUCUGUGAUUCCUACGUGAGGCCGUGCACUCUGGUGCGCAUCUGUGACGAGUGUAACUACGGCUCCUAUCAGGGACGCUGUGUCAUCUGCGGAGGGCCAGGAGUGUCUGAUGCUUACUACUGUAAAGAGUGCACCAUCCAGGAGAAAGACCGAGAUGGCUGUCCUAAGAUUGUGAAUUUGGGCAGCUCUAAAACGGAUCUUUUUUAUGAAAGGAAGAAGUAUGGCUUCAAGAAGAGGUGAAGACACCACGGUCCGAUUCUUGUUUUAGUUGUUCAGCUUUUGCAGAUUUUCUUUAAAACCUAAAGAAACAUUUUUUUGACUUGUCAAUAAAGCUCUGUUUUGUAUUUC